AUGACACUAACAAAUAGUGAAUAUUUUCUCGAUUUUCUCAAAGAGAACAUAAUGAAUGGUGAUAUACCAGAAAUAUAUGUAGAUGAGGAAAUUUUAAAGACUGCACAAACACAUUCCGUUCAUAAUAAUAAAGUUUAUAACAUAAAUGGUGAAGAAUUCACUGAAAAAAAUGAUGUUGACGAAUUAAAAGAGUUUUCUAUAGAAUAUAACAAUGAAGAAGAAGAUUUCCCGAUCAACUUGAUAGUAAGAGAUGAAAAAGUUUUAAUCAAUUCCUCAAUACUUCUGCACCGAAACCAAUGGAAUGCCAUAACCGAUGAUAAAUGCCACGUCUGUAAUAUGGCCGUCCAAGAUGUUUAUGGCCAUAUAACAUCGGCAAAGCACAAAUUUAACUUAGAUAGUUGCAAGCCGUUGAAGAUCUUUGAACUACAUAUAAUAAGAAGGAUUGGCGAUAAUUAUCAUUGCGGUAUAUGCAACACGUUAUACAAUGCAAGAGAACAUAAUAACCACAUGGAUAGCAUGAUGCAUUUGGAAAAUAUGUUAUACGCGACGAACCGCGCCGUGGAUGUCACAAAUGACAUUGACGCGACCGAUGUCACUUCUGACAGCGUCAGUUGUGACACGAACACUGUUUGUGAAACCGAGAGCGGUUUUAACAGUGAAAACACUGAUCUAUAUGACACAGAUCUUGUCAAUGAUAAUGUAAGGUCGUAUGCAUCGGUUUUGAGAUCAUCGAAAAAUAAAUCGCCACAAUAUAUAGAUUUUGUCUGUGAGAACAGCAACUGGAAGAUCCCUUUCAACACAUAUCACAUGUUGAAUAAAAUUAAUAAACAGUAUUACUGCACGAUUUGUAUGGAAUUUUUCGAUUUACGAGCAAAAAUCGAUCAUUGCGCUUCGACGGUGCAUUUGGACAAGCUAAAGACGUGUGAAGCAAACAAUAAAGAUGGACAUUUAAUAAGACGGGUGCAACAAAACGCUCAUUGUGCCAUAUGCAAUGUGGUUGUUAAUGGCACCGAGGUUCACUCACAUAUUGUGAAUCAAAAUCACAUUACCCGCCUUAAUAACUCGAUAAUUCAUCCCUACCCGCACACUUAUUAUGCUAACAUGCGUAUACCUGUCAAUAAUAUGCCAGUUAUGCCAUUACCGAUUGGCAUAAAUAGAAUGCCAACGCCAUUACCGAUUGGCAUUAAUAGAAUGCCAAUAAAUAUGCCAGUGUACCAUCAUACAACGAAUAAUAUGAAUGUCAAUAUAUAUCAAACAGUAAAUGCUGAAAACGCUAAUAUAUCAGUUAAGAAAGACGAAUCAAAAAUUGAAGAAUUAAAAGUCGAUAAUAUAGAAAAUAAAGAAAACGAAUCAACACUAUCAAUUAGUAUGAGAAAUAGAAAUGACACAAUCGAAACUGAUAUGUCAACCGAAAAUAUACUUGACAUAAACACAGAUGAAACAAAAACAGAUGAUGAUGAUGAUAAACAUACUUCCAAUAAUAAAAUGGAAGAUAAAGAAUAUGAAUUGAAACUUUUAAAUGAAAUAUUAUAUAUAAGAAAUAGAAAUGACGCGAUUGCAAUGUCACAAAUGACGUACAAUAGUUUGAUUCAUAGCGGCGAUGGUAAAAUAUACUGUUUCGUGUGUGACACGAAAAUUAUGCUAACUAUAGAAGGACACGUUGAAUCAAAACAACACGUAGAUAGAAUAAAAGAUAGCAAGUUUAUAGCGGAAUAUGAAAAUGAUUUAUUGAGACAGGUAAUCGAUGGAAAAUUAAAUUGCGUCACGUGUAAUAUAAAUUUUCCUAAUACACCAACAAAUAUAAAAGAACACGGAACAGGCAAGAAACACAAGGAAAAUUACUCAAGUGCUAUGGAAGAUGCUUUUACUAUAGUUUAA